AGCAAAAUGUAUCCUUUCGUCUCAAAUCACCCGACUACACACACGAGCUACUCGACGAUGCCGGGCUUUUCUGGCCUAGAUGACAAGUCGUGCAGUAGGUAUACCGAAAGUGUGAUGAACAGUUAUCCACCGAUGGGGGUUCCUGGUAGCGCCAGUAUCGCACAGUUUUACCAACAGGCUGCUGCGGUUUCCGCCGCGUCUGCGGGAGUUGGCGUCGACUCAUUGGGUUCAGCCUGCUCCCAACUUUCUUCAUCCGUCGGUGGUGGACAAUCGGGCUUGCCUGAUAUAACUCGCCAUCCGUGGCUAGUGACUGAUUGGAUGAGUAACCCGUUUGAUCGUGUAGUUUGUGGUGACUUUGCGGGUCCUAACGGAUGUCCACGCCGGCGCGGUCGUCAAACCUAUACAAGGUUUCAGACACUGGAGCUGGAGAAGGAAUUCCAUUUCAAUCACUAUCUCACCCGCCGACGAAGAAUCGAAAUUGCGCAUGCGCUCUGUCUAACGGAACGACAGAUCAAAAUCUGGUUCCAAAACCGUCGAAUGAAAUUAAAGAAAGAGCUUCGUGCAGUCAAAGAAAUCAACGAACAGGCCCGACGCGAGCGCGAGGAACAAGACAAAAUGAAAAAUGAAUCGCUAAAAUCCGCCCAACAGCAUCACAGCCAAAAACAAGGCCAGCAAGAGCACACGAUUGUUGGCACGCAACAAACCAGUAACGGUGCUGGAGCAGGUGGAGCCGGUGGAGGUGGCGGCGCUGGAAGCGGUGGCAGCACUGGAAACCUCGGGAGCCACCUGCACCAUCCGUCAAUCGUUUCGCAAAACGAUCUGAAACUUGGGCUCGGCGGAAUGGGCGUUGGCGUCGGAGGGAAUCUCAGUAUGAUGGGAGGUCUGGAUAAUAAAACGAAUCAAGACAUCCUGAAAGCAGUUAGUAAAGUUCAUUCCUAA